GGCAACUUCCUCCCCUUUGAAACCCCACUAGGUUUCUCAGCUCAUUCUCCAACAUAUAGUAUGCAUGUAUAUAUAUUCCCACCUCCAAGUUCCUCAAAUCAUCUUCUCGGCAUCUCUAUUCCUUAUCAACUUUCUUCUACCUGCAUGUGAGAAUAUUAUUUCAAGAAAACAUUCUAAUUGUUCUUGAGAAGAGAGAAUAAUCAGUCAUGUCUCACUACGAGGUAAACCAAUUUCCGUUCGAGCACUUCUCGCUGAAUACUAUUCAGCUGACUGUUCUGAUUGUGGGGUUGAUUGAGUUCCUCUUGCUGCAACUACUCAUUGACAGGAAAAGGAUUCACACCUUUUUCUUGGGACUUCGGUCCUCAACCCAGUCUCAGUUGAUUGGUCCGGAUGGUUCUAAACAUCAGGCUGAUUUCAAGCCAUCCGACAAGCAAGAGGAUAGAGUCGAUCAAAGUGUGAGCAGUGGAGAAAUUGAGAUUGUUUUAAGAAGCUUAGGAAUGUGUUGUAAUUCUAUUGAAGCAAAGGUUCCAGCAAGGUUGGAUGCUGAUGACCUUUUUAACCUAUUUGAAGGGGAAAAUCCUAACUUGGAGGAAGUGAAGGAAGCUUUUGAUGUGUUUGACAGUAAUAGAGAUGGGUUUAUUGAUGCUGAGGAACUGCAAAAGGUUCUCUGUGCUCUGGGCUUAAAGGAAGGAUCAGAGAUGGAGAACUGCAGGAGAAUGAUUGGGCUGUUUGAUGAAAAUGGAGAUGGAAGAAUAGAUUUUGAUGAAUUUGUAAAAUUCAUGGAGAGUAGCUUAUGUUAAAUUAUUCUUUUACAGUGACAGAAAAUUGUAA